AUGAACUGCCCCUCACGCACCGACCCGAUUACCCCGGACGGAUACAACCAGAGCCCCAAUGCGCUCAACGCCGAUGCGACGACGAGAGCAGACUUGAAUCGCGUCGCCAACGCGCGCACGCGACAGGACCACCGGAUAGAUGCUGCAGACGGGACCGCGGGCGAGCUUGAGAGGAGCGUGCAGCACGUAGACGAGGAAGGGCUGGGUGGGCGCAAGGUGGGAGGGGGGAAGAGGGGGGUGGGUGUGGGUGUGGGUGUGGGAGAGACGAGUGCGGCGGAGAAGGCUGCUGUGGGCGAGGGCGCCGGUGGCGCACUGGGCGGACGUGGUCUUGAGAAGAGACGGGGAGUGAAUGCAUGGACCCGCAGAGCGGGGAAGAAGGGGCUCGCUGUGCUGCGCAAAUAUGCGAAAUUCGUUGGGCCGGGCUUCAUGGUUGCGGUCGCCUACAUCGAUCCUGGAAACUAUGCCACCGACGUCGCCGCCGGCGCCUCCUUCCGCUUCAAGCUCCUCUUCAUCGUCCUCAUGUCCAACCUCUUCGCCAUCUUCCUCCAGUCCCUCUGCAUCAAGCUCGGCUCCGUCACCGGCAUGAACCUCGCCGAGAACUGCAAAGCCCACCUGCCCCCCUGGCUCAACUACGUCCUCUACUUCUUCGCCGAAAGUGCCAUCAUCGCCACCGACAUCGCCGAAGUCAUCGGCACCGCCAUCGCCCUCAACAUCCUGAUCAAAGUGCCAUUGGUCGCGGGCUGCGCCAUCUCCAUUGUCGACGUCCUCAUCAUCCUGUUCUUCUACCGGCCCUCGGGCUCGAUGCGCGCGCUGAGGACGUUUGAGAUUGGGGUCAUGUGUCUGGUCCUGGGCGUGGUGAUAUGCUUCUGCUUCGAGCUAAGCAAGAUCAAGGCGCCGGUUGGCGACGUGUUCCGCGGCUACGUCCCGUCGUCCACACUCAUACAGUCGCAGGCCCUCUACCAAGCCUGCGGCAUCCUCGGCGCAACCGUAAUGCCGCACUCCCUCUACUUAGGCUCCGGCAUCGUGCAACCACGCCUCCGCGAAUUCGACGACGCUGCCGCCGCCGCCGCCGCCACUGCUACCCCCCACACUUUCAACUCCACCACCCCCGACGACACCGCCUCCCUAACCUCUGCCUCCUCCGACACGCAAACAAAAUACCGCCCCUCCCUCGCCGCCAUAAAUGCCUGCAUGUCCUACUCCAUCGUCGAACUCGCCAUCUCCCUCUUCACCUUCGCCCUCUUCGUCAACAGCGCCAUCCUCAUCGUCGCUGGCGCCAGCCUGUACGGGUCUGACGCCGCAGACGACGCCGAUCUGUUUUCCAUCCACGCUCUCCUCUCCUCGUCCAUCGCGCCUGUCGCGGGGACACUGUUUGCGCUGGCGUUGUUAUUGAGUGGGACCAGCGCCGGCAUCGUGUGCACGAUCGCAGGCCAGAUGGUCAGUGAGGGUCAGCUGAACUGGAGCGUCAAGCCCUGGAUGCGACGGCUGAUUACGCGGAGUAUUAGUAUCACGCCAUCCAUCAUCAUUGCCGGGGCGGUCGGCCGCGAGGGGCUGGGGAAGGCGCUCGAGGGGAGUCAGGUUGCACUCAGUGUGAUUUUGCCGUUUGUGAGCGCGCCGCUGAUCUGGUUUACAUGUCGGAGCCAGUACAUGCGGGUUGCGGUGAGGGCGGACGGACAUGGUGCCGAGGGAGAGGGCGAGUGGGUGAAUAUGCGGAAUGGGUGGGUGACGGCGGGGUUGGCAGUGGUCAUAUGGGGCGUCAUUGUGGUGAUGAAUGUAGCGCUCCUAGUGCUUGUGGGACGGGGUGUU